AUGACUACUGUUUUUGUUCCAGGAAUUAACCAGCGAAUUAUACUAGCGGUGGAGAAUCAACUAGCUCUCGAUAACGGCCUGCUCUCAGGCUUUGUCUUUAUGUUACAUGACUACGGUAAGGACGGCGGCCACUAUUGGACGGUCUGCUCUGGGGCAUUAUACUCCUGGAACAUAGUUUUACCUCCGCAGGGAUGUUUAUCUAUGUUCCUUAUCAGCGACCCACUGAAGGAUAUCAUAACUUUCCUCUUACAAGGGAUGCUGGCUAUCCGGGUAUACCUGCUAUACGGGAAAUCGAAGCUGGUCCUUUUCCCUCUUCUUACGGGUUUCAUUGUUACGCAUAUCGCCAAUUCUGCCGUAGGCAUCGUAACAUGGAUUGUCGCCUUCAAGUUUGACGACGAGUUACAGUACGCAAAUAUCGCGACAUGUCAGCUGUAUUACCCAGCAGAAUACACUUGGCUUCUCCCCGCAUCGAACAGCAUCAUUUUGGGAUUCGAGGUCCUUCUUAGCGGUUUUGUGUUCAGAUAUGCCCUAAAACAUUUGCCUACUCCUUUCUGGAGAUCUCCAAAACGAUCGUUGUGCACUAUGAAGUCGGUCAUUGUGCAGGAUAACCUGAUAUACUUUCUCAUCGCGCUUUUUGCUCUGGUUGUCAACAUCAUCGAGGGUUCUCCUAUAGCUAGUCCAGGGCCGUGCGCUUCAUGCUGGAUCAUUGCGAAGAUGACACGAUUUAUUCAUCUUACCAUGAUUGGACCAUGGAUGGUGCUUAGCUUGCAGAGACAACAUGACAGUGAUGUAAACGGAACGCAGUCAGAAACACAGGCAAGUGCGCCAAUGCGGUUUGCUGCGACGUCUUCCGUUUCCACAGAGGCUACAAGGGAGACCCACUCAUGGCGGACCCCAAUGAUCCAAUUAGUGAUACCCGGUUUUCCCGAGAUCUGCUCGUGUGGCGGGGGGAAGCUGAGAUGA